ACCUGCCCACCCGCGUUUACUACAUAAGGACCCUCUAAGCUCGCUCCUGUCUCGCUCUAAGCAAUACCGUGGAACAAAGGCAUAUACAAUAUGACGUCCGCUAAGAGAGACUCAGAGACUCCAGAGGAGCUCGCCGCCAUGAAUGACUUCAAGACGAACGUCUGGGCGGUCUUCCAGCCACUCUACGAGGCUAAAUGGGACCAAGCUCGGUGGGAUGCUGCUGUCGCAAAAUUUCGAGCGGCCCAUGAUCCCGCAGUUGUCGACAAGUUCAUGAAAAGGGCCAGGCUGCCUCCUUGGGAUGCGCUGCAGGAUCAGAUGAAGAAAGGCCCGCCCGCGUUCUUACGCCCUGGCUGGAAGAGUCCGCUGUUAGGACAAAGGGUAGACCUUGAUUGGCUCGAUGCCGAUGCGUUCGAAUGUAUACGGCCAAGCAAAGAUGGCUGGCGAGACAAAAAGGUGUUAGUCGUCGAAUACUGGGCAUCAUGGUGCCAGCCGUGUCAUGUGGUUUGCGGACUGCUGUCGAAGGUUAGCGCGACGAUGCCAGAUGUCAAGGUCAUAUCCUUCGAUCAUGAAGGCAUCUUCACAAAGGCGGAAAUCGACCGCACGGUGGUGAAGAAGUUCGUCAGUGGCAGAAAGGACAUGGAAUACCCGACAUACAUCGAUUCGAAGCGUGUUGCGGUGCAAGCGCUGUUCGAACCAGGACAGAAUUUGUCCAUACCACUGGCGUUUAUUAUCACCACCAAGGAUAGGGUUGUCCACUGGAUCGGCAAUCCAGAGGACAUGAUGGCCCCACUAGAGCGGGCUGUGAAAGCUGCAUGAGACGUCUUUAUCAGAGAAUACUUGGAGCCGUGUAACAUUUUGUACACUCGGGGAUUAGACGGAUCUUUGCUCGGAUUGCGUAUCAAAUGACUAACUUGCGUAUAACGCCCGUCAUGUAUACCAGCCACCAUUUCCUUAGAGGCUCACUCUACGAAAGUAUACGCUGUCAGCCAGUUUAUAUGUCAUGAAAUAACCAGUUUGCACUCAUCGAGGUAGGC